CGCCACCAUUUUCCUCAUUCCUCUUUGCAAGCUUAUAAAUGUCGUCUCCGAGAAUUAACCGUAGAGGUAAUGAAGAGAAGAAUCGAAAGGGAAAGUUAUCGGAAAAAUCCAUGUCGUUUCACGGACAAAGCUCGGGGAGCAGCAGCACGCCCUCGGAGCUAUUGACAAGGCCGAGGACGGUGCCGGACUUGCUCGCCGGUGUUAGAACUUCCGCCGGUGAAUCGGCGGCGGUGAAUUUCCGGCCGAUGAAGUUGACGAAGUUGCUGGUGAACGUGACGAUUCAAAGGAGUGUUGGACCUGUACACGUACUGAUAUCGUUGGAAUCGACUGUAGACGAUCUCAUUGCCGCCGCACUACGGCAGUACUCGAAGGAAGGAAGACGGCUGGUGAUUUCCUCCGUUUCUGCUGCCGAUUACGAUCUUCAUUACUCGCAGUUCAGCUUAGAAAGUUUGGACAGGAAGGAGAAGCUCACUGCUUUGGGUUCAAGAAACUUUUUUAUGUGUCCGAAAAACGUUGGCGCAACGACGUCGUCUUUAAGCUGUGGAAAACAAGCUGAUGCAUCUAACAAGAUACCUUUGCCAUGGCUCAAAUUCAUGGAUUUCUUGCUAUAGGACAGCUCGGCACACAAAGUAUCACACAUUUACGGAAGAUUCGGAAAAGGGCCGUAAUCUAAAGAGAUGUGGUAUAAGUACCCUACUCUGAUACAAAUAUCAACGAUCAAAUCUGUAACUUAUAUGUUACACGCACACAACUUAAAUGUUGCUCCAAGGUUUCCUUUCGGUAUCAUAGAUUUCUUGGUAUGGAAAAUCAAAUUUAGAACCUUGAACUUUAGUUAUACUCCAUAUAUUCAAAAGAGGGCUGGCUUUUCACGACUACAAAUUAAGUGUUAUAUAUGUUUUAUUCCUAUGCUCGUUUUUUUGUAGCUUGUCAUAGUUUGAGAUUGAUAUAUUGUAUAUGUUAUAGUUAAUCAGAAGUUGAGAAAGAUGUAUUUAAAUGAUCUCAACAUGGUGUAUCAUAGUUUUUAAAUGCUAAAUUUUUAAUGUAAUAUACUAAUGAGAUUUUA